AGACACCCCUCGGCCUGCCAGCCCAGCCCGCAGCUCACCGAUGUCAAUGUGUCCAUCCUUGUUGACAUCCAGCUGAUCAAACAUUUCAGCCCAGCGCUUCUGUCUCUCUUGGUCUGGAGCUGAGGGGUCCUCAUCCUGCCUCUCCUGGUCUGGACCUGAGGAGUCCUCAUUCUGCCUCUCCUGGUCUGGAGCCGAGGGGUCCCCAUCCUGCCUCUCCUGGUCUGGAGCCGAGGGGUCCUCAUCCUGGCAGUGCGCCUGCUGGAGCCAGGUCCAUCGGGGUCCCAUGGCUGCUGCCAAUCACCUGAGGGAAAUAGUGGCAUCAAGUGAAACACUCCAGUCUGUCUUGAGACACACCAAAGCUCUGACAAGCUUUAAGACAAUUCAAUAAAUGUAGAAAUAAAUUGCAUAGAUAUGCUCUUAUAACAGGUCCAAUGUAGUUAGGUGAGGGGUUUCUGAUUCUAGUGAAAAGAGACCCAAAUCCUCUUUAUGGUUAGUUAGCAUAACAGGACAUGUUGUCCCAGUUUACUGCCCAAUAAUCUAUUUAUUUCUUUUCAUAUACAUGCCAAACAUCAUUUUUAGUUGUCUCUGGCUUCACCGGGAUAGCGAUAAUAAUUUCAGGGAGAAAUUGGUUUAUGACAGACACAGUGGCUCAAACGGGAGGACUAUAACAGGAUAAUCCAAGACGAAGAUAACCAGCUAGCAUACCGACAUAUUAAAAUCCGUCUUAAAAUUGAUCUUCGCACUGUUAUGGACGCUGCUUUGGUCAGAUAGUAAAUUCUCGCAGGACCAUUUUGUUUCUCACUCACUGUGUUUAUCUUCACGCAGACCCGCCGUCCAUGCUGGGAUGAGGAGGAACCAACGAGUCCAGCGUUGGGAUUAAUUAAUUUAUAAUCUGUCUUGAAAUCGGAUUUGACACCGAGCUAGCGUCCCUUAGUUGACUCUUAGUAAGAUCCUCUGGGCUCACCGAUAUUUACUACUGCUCCGUCUUGUAGAGCCCACCGUGUUGUCUUAGCGAGGAAGCAGGAAGCGAAGCCUGCAGAGGGCUGUGUGUGUGUGUGUAUGUUAGAGUGUGUGCAGCCUUCUGGGUGUGUGUUGACAUGCUGAGACACUGCCCCUCACAUACUGGGUUUAAACAGCCGGAUAUUUAUCACUUUGGGAGAUUAUGUGGUUUGUUUGGCUGGAAAACAUUGACGGAUUUUCAAAAAGGGCUGUGGUGUGGGAUUUCUGAUCUUGUCCUUUAUAGGCUAUCCUACAUGUGUCCAAUAGUUUUUCCCCUUAAUAUUUAAAGCUGCUGUCAGGAACUAUUGGUUUGCUUGUUGAUUUUGGUGUCCCUUGUGGAUAAAGUGCUUCAUAUCUCUUGUCUUGUAUAGGGUAGUGUUUUCAAACAAAAACCUUAUCCUGUGAAAUAUAUACAGUGAAAUAUAUCUCUUAUAGGGGAGAGUGGGGUCAGUUGAGCCACCCCCUGUUGCUUGGAAAUGGUAAAAGAAAUUGAUCAUGUGACCAAAUAUUUAGGAGAUGGGCAUCAAUUCAUGGAGUCUGUGUAGGUUGUAAGCACAUGGGCAAAUGGGUAAGAGAUUUAUUUCCAAAAAAACAUUUUCACUCUUGGAAGUGAAUUUAGUCCGUCAUAAGUUUUAUUAGAAUUGUGUUCAGACCAAAAAAAGAUCAUUUAAAUUUGUUUUAUACAUCGCUAAUAAAGUCAUCAUAGUAGUUCUGGGGUAAAUUGAACCAGUAGCUCAACUGAGAAAGUAAAGGAGUCUGAUGAGAGGAUCAGAGUUUCAGUUCAGAUUGUUGAAAUGUGUUACUUUGUCUUUUCAGAAAUACAGCUGUGAAUGUUCUGAAUCACUUAAAGACAUUCUCAUGUUAAAAUGUUUCUUUACAAAACAGAUUUUUAGCAGUUAUAUGCAAUAAUAAUAAUAAAAAGAAUUAUUGUACCAGCUGAAAAGCGUUUAGUAGAUAAAAAUACACAUGAAUGUGAAGAAGUGACUGUUAUUUAGGGAGAGAGAAGGUGAGGGAGGGCUGGGGUGGAGAGUAGGGGCGUAGUAGGGAUACGGCUCAACUUACCCCGCUCCUAUGGUCAACUUACCCCAUACACAGGGUAAAUUGACCAUAGGAGACCACUUUUUUUGGCAUGCUAUAUUAUCAAGACAGUUAUGUUUACACUCAUUUUGAUGGUUUGCAGGGAUGCACAUCUUGAAAUAUACGCAGAUACACUAGUUACAGACAAAACUAUGAUUGCCUUAAUUUAGUGAUUCGAAAUAUUAAAAAUGGCUCAUCUUACCCCACUCCCCUCUGUGCCAUAAACAGUAAAGAAGGCUGUUUCGCCUGCUGUCAAUUCUCUCUACCUGUGGCCUGCUCUACUCCCUAUUGAAAAUGGAUGGAAAUGGAGAUUUGAGGUAUCAUAUGGAUUCGGAGACGCAUCACACAAUGAACACUGGCAAAAUGUUGAGCAAAGUUUGUUAUUUUCUUUGGCUGUUGUUUUUUUCUUCCAUAGCAGGAUAUUUUAGCAACUGAUAAAAAUAAAAAUAAAAACAAUGAAUCAGAAAAAUUAGGGGUAAAUACAGAGGAAGAAAUCUUUGCUAUUAAAAAAAAUCAUUCAAUCAUUCUACCCUGCAGCUUUACAACUCCUCAGAGAUGAUGGAUCUCUUCAGCCCACCUGCCCUCAUCACACUAUUCUCUUGUGAUAAAAACUGUAAAGACCGUUCAAGGUUGUGUCCAUGACUCGCUGUUGGGACUAUCAGUGACCCUUAACCGUAUGCACACAUGAACACACUGGAACUUCCCUCUCGUUAAUUUCCUAUUAUAUUCUAGACUGGCUUUAAGUUACCUGUUGAAAGGCCUACAUGGCUUUUCACACGCACACCACCUCUUACCAGCUGCUGUUUUCACACCUGCUGGUCUGGGAGAAUAGAAAGAGGACUCAGACAGUAAACAGGUAGACUAUAUAAGGGCAGCACACUGCUGGUAGUUUAGGAGGUAGACUGACUGAGAAAACAGAUCUGAUAUACAGUAGUUGAAUCACUUUUUCCUCUUUGCAGGUUUUCUUGAAGAAAAGUCAUCGAUGUGUAAGGGACUCUCCUCCCUGCCUUCCUCAUGCCUGGAGAAGUAAGUUUCUGACUGAAUCAUUUUGUUUUCUUUACAGAUAAUGUUGUUUGAAAUGUUUAGUCCAAAAGUUUUUCUUCAAGUGAUUCUGUAUGUCUUCAUCAGGGCAAAGGGCAUGAGGGUAAAGUUAAGCCACCUGGCUGACACACACCACAAACUAAGGUAAACCUGCUGAAACAAUAUCAAACAAAAGAAAUCAAUCCAACAGUCUGCCAUUUAUCAGAGAGAAGCUGAAAGUGCUCUUUUUCUGUCUCUGUUCACAGGAUUCAUGAUGGAAAAGCUCCACAGGACCUGGAAACUCUACUUAAUAACAAAAGUAAGAAGAAGAAAGCUUUCCCUUCUCUUUUCUUUUGGUUAAAAGUCAAUUUAUUAUCUUACCAACACAGCUCUUAAAUACAUUUGAACAGGUGACAGCAGAGACACCCCUGGAGGUGCUCACUUAAAUAUCUAAAUCGAGCCAAUUUCAUUGAUUUGUUGACAAAUCCUCAUACUGGUUUACUUUCACACACUGUCACUGCUUACCUGGACACCUGAAUAGAACCUCAUUUAUGCAAAACUAAAUACCUAUGUUUACUGUAUAUACUGUAUGAAUAAUAUGUAGAUGUAUAUAUAUGUAAUGUAUCAUUAUUUUUUAAGUAAGUGCUUACUUAUUAAGUGCUUACUGGUACACUUGAAGGUUUAUAUGAAGAAUGGUGCUUGUGCUUGAAGAGAUUAUUUUUCUGACCAUUGACUAUAGUUUGUAAAAUGGAGCUGUUAUCCAUGUAUUCAUAUUGUUUCCAUGAAUAAUGACAGCUGGUAAUGAAUUAUUAUUCUCAUUCAUUAUUGGCUCUGGUUCGUAAGGAAGGGGCAGAACCGGAUAAGCUCUUUGCUUUAUUCUCUUCCUUCUCAAACUGGUCGUUGUUGACAUACAUAUGUGUACAUUUAUUUGAUGGACAUGUACAGUUGUUUGGUGUCCUUAAGUUAGACUUCUGAAUAGGUGGAGUAUCAUCCAGCCCAAAAACACACAGGACUUUUUCAUAUUAGCUCUUUCUGGUUCGUCUCAUCUCUCCACCUCUUGAAUUAUUCUGUCUUAAAGUUGGUCUGCAGGUGUUUCGUGGUUUCCUCCGCUCAGAGUUCAGUGAGGAGAACCUGGAGUUCUGGUUAGCCUGUGAGGACUACAGGGUUUCUCCUUCACACCUGCAGAAGACCAAGGGUGGCAACAUCUACAGCCAGUUCAUCAACCCUGAUUCCCCUCAGGAGGUCAGUGGAGAACCAACACAAACAAACAUUAAAUUAGAUUUGGUGAUAGAUGCAGUCAAGAUUUUAAGCUCCUAUUGUCCAUUUUUUUCCUCAGGUAAACCUGGAUGCUGAGACCCGGGAGGCUCUGCUGUGUGUGAUGGACUCCCUGUGUGCCGACACAUUCAACACCGCUCAACAGAGAAUCUUUCAUUUGAUGGCCAAAGACUCGUUCCCCAGGUUCCUGCGCUCCAUUCAACGCACAGACGUCAUCAAAGCUAUCUAAGCACGCUGUUUAUCACUCUAGACCUGUUUUGAAAGCAAGUGCUUAUGAAUCUAUACAGCUAGACGUGUUGAUUGUAUUUUACCAGUUACUUUAGCAAGAAGCCAGUUUUAGUGUUACUGUCCCCUUAAAAGCCAUAGUGCAUGUUAUUGUAUCAGGUUAAGAUGGUUUGUUCGAUGGUUUAGAAGCUUCUUAAAGACCUGAUGUGAAAUCUGUGUUAGACUGCAUCUCUGAAUUGCAAGUGUUACAGUAUGCACAGGUAUAAAAUAAAGACAGCAGAAAAUACAACUUCUUUUGUGGUAUUUAAUAACAUCAGACUUAUUCAAUAAACACACUGAAU